UUUUCUGCAGUUGUUCAUGAUGACCACUCCGUCUCUUCAGUUCAGUACCACCUCCUAUGUCUACGAUGAAUACGACAACGGAUCAGAAACUGAUGUUUUUCCAGCUGACACUAACACUAACAGUGUUGGAGCUCAGCUGUCUGUGCUCUACUACUGUAUGUUCAUGUUCAGUGUGGGAGCAAACGCACUGGUACUGGUGAUUAUCUGCAGGUUUGAGAGGCUGACCACGGUCACCAACAUCCUGCUGCUGAACCUGGUCCUGUCGUCCCUGGUCUUCAUGGGGACCCUUCCAUUCUGGGGGGUGUACCAGCAGCUCCAGACCUGGGUCUUCGGCAGGGUCAUGUGUAAGGUGGUCAUCAGCGUCUACUACCUGGGCCUCUACAGCUCCGUCCUCUUCCUGACCCUAUUGACCUUCGACCGUCACCUGGCCGUCGUCUACUCGCUCGGCGCCUCUCGCUUGCGCGGUCAGAGGUACGCGGUGGUGUCCUGCGCCACCGUGUGGACGCUCAGCGCCUUGGCGUGCAUCAGACCCAUCAUCCUCCACUCGCCGUUCUACCACCGCGUCAGUAAACGCACCCACUGUCAGGAGUACCCGGGUAACCGGACCGACGUCGACGUGGACCUGCUGCGAGCGUCCGGCUUCUACAUCCAACUCUUCCUCUUCUUGCUCUUCCCUCUGGUCGUCAUCAUUUACUGUUACGCUCGGAUCGCAGUCACCGUCCUGUCGUCCAGGAUCGCCACCAAGUUCCAGACGGUGCGUCUGAUCUUCGUCAUCGUCCUGUUGUUCCUUUUGUGCUGGACGCCGUUUAAUGUGGCCGUCCUCAUGCGCGACAAAGCCUCCACGCCGGCCGAACGCCAAGAAUGGGACCACGUUCUGAAUGUCACCCGAUACUUCGCCUACUUUUACUGUUGCAUCAGUCCGAUCUUUUAUACGUUUGUUGGUAAAAAGUUUCAGAACUAUUUCAGAACAUUACUGGUAAAACGUUUUCCACGAUUAAAGAGGUACAUUUCCGUAAGUCACGUUACCAGAACCAAUAUGUCCACAAGAAGCACCCCCAACGAGCUGUAGGGACUGGACCAGAACCAGAACCAGAACCCCUGAAGCCUUUUCAACCCGUUAGCCUCAUACAAUAAAAAGAUAUGACUUAGUCAGUGAUGCUAUGAGGCGAAUGAUAUCAUUCGCCUCAUAGCAUAGCAUUGCAUAGCAUAGCAUUGAAUGAGUCAUAUUUUUAUACUAUAAGGCUAAGUAUAUCCUUAGCCUCAUAGCAUAGCAUAGCAUUGAAUGAGUGAUAUUUUUUUAUACAAGGCUAAUGAUAUCGUUAGCCACAUUGCAUAGCAUUGAACAAGUCAUAACAAUAAAACAACAAAAUUAAAUUAAAUCAGUAAAUGAGUAUAAAAUAAAAUCAAAUUAAAUUAAAACAAUAAUAUAAAAGAAAUAGAUAAAUAAAUAACAAGUAUAAAAUAAAAUGCAAUCAACUAAAAACAAUAAAUAAAUAAAUAAAUGCUGCCUAAAUAUGGUCUGUUUUUCUGCUGUAUACAAGGAAGGAUUGAAUCUGUAAUAAUAAUAAUAAUAAUAAUAAUACUCAGCUGUGGAUGAUCCUGGGUUUGGGUCCAUUCUUUUGCAGAACCAUCAUUCAUUUUCUAUGGUGUUUGUUUGUUUGUUUUAAAGCUGUCACAUGUUUUUCUGUUUCACGUCUUUAUUUAAACCACUGAAAUUCUGUACAACUGUGUGUUUUCACUGGUUUUUCACUGGUUUUGUAUCUUUUAUCAGAAGUAUAUUUGAUAGUUUAUAAUAAUAAUAAUAAUAAUAACAAUAAUAGUGUCCUGCUGUCGUCCACAGAAACAUAAACUGAAUAAAUCAU